UAUCAGUGGGUUUUUCCUUGGAUCGAGUUCGAUGGAUGAGCAUCACAUUUGGAAAAGCAAGAUGCUACCAGCGCGUGCCAUCGUGGAAGUCGCGUUGUUGGGCGCUGCCUUCGCCCUCGCUUGGACUUCCGUCCGCAGUCAGAGCAAGGCAUCGAAGUCCAAACAGUCAGCAAACAAGAAUGUGCCCAAGAAGCCCCUGCCGGGACACACCCAGCGCACGCACUCCGACCUCACCGACGCCCAACUGGUGUCGGAAAGCUUUUCCCUGGCACACCGCACAUCCGACGGCAACGAUGACGACAUUCUGAUCAUUGGUGUGUGCGGAGGGUCUGGAUCUGGCAAGACAACGCUGUCCAAGGCCAUCAUCGACGACAUCGGCGACAGCGCCGUGUCGUACCUAUCGCACGACUUCUACUACAAGGAUCUGUCGCAUCUGUCACUGGAACAACGUGCGGAACACAACUUCGACCACCCGGACGCGUUGGACACGGCGCUGAUGGUGUCCCAUCUAGCCAAGCUCAAGCAGGGCAUCGCGUGCGACAUCCCCAUGUACGACUUCACGACACACUCUCGGUGCCUGUCGACGCAACACAUGUCGCCCAAGUCCGUGAUCCUCGUGGAAGGCAUUCUGCUGUUUACAGACCCCGACCUUGUGGAUCUCAUGGACAUCAAGGUGUUCGUGGAGACGCCAUCGGACGUGCGCUUCAUCCGCCGCCUCAAGCGCGACAUCCGCGAGCGCGGCCGGACCGCCGAGUCCGUCAUCGAGCAGUACAUGACCACGGUGCGCCCCAUGCACCUGCUCUUCGUGGAACCGAGCAAGCGCGUCGCAGACAUCCUCGUGCCCGUGGGAGUCAACGCUGUCGCGCUCGAUCUCAUCUUGUCGCGGUUGAAGAGCUUCAUGAAUAAAUCCGCGUAAUACACAGAUCCAGACCAAGCAUGUUCAACUUGCAGUUACACUAUUUCGUGGAACUUUCUCAUGUUCUCUGAGGCUCUAUUAAUACUAUUCUCACGUGGUAGUAGUACUAAUAGUACUCCAUGUAAAAACUACUCACGUG